AUUCUUCAUCCCUUCUAUAAAUUCCCACCAUCCCGUCUCCACUCCUCGGCAUCUCGACCCAUUUGCCCCCCACUUUCAUCCAUCUCUCUCACCCGACACCCAUAAAGACGGGGAAAAGAAAAGGCAGAAAUCGCCGGCCCCUUUUUCAUUUCUUUCAUUUGAUUUUCAUCGGAUUUUGGGAUUAAUGGCGCCGAGGGAAAAGGCGGUUGCCGUCAAGGCCAACGUCGGCAACGUGAAGGAAGUGCAUUUUAGAGGAGUGAGGAAGCGACCGUGGGGGAGAUACGCCGCUGAGAUCAGAGAUCCCUGUAAGAAGAGCCGCGUUUGGCUCGGAACCUUCGAUACGGCGGAGGAGGCGGCCCGAGCCUACGAUAAAGCCGCUAGGGAGUUCCGCGGUGUCAAGGCCAAGACUAAUUUCCCUAUGCCCUCCUACGAUCUUCUUAACCUUAACAAUAAGAUUAACAUCAGCAAUAACCAGAGCCCGAGUCAGAGUAGCACGGUUGAGUCCUCCAGCCGAGAGCAACCUCUAAUGGUUGAUUCCUCACCUUUGAAUCUCAAUCUCGGUCACGGCAUGCCCGGACUCACAUCCACCGGAGCCGUCACUUUCCCGUUCCAGCGUUACCAAAUUCCCAUGAUCGGAGAAGUUUUUUCCCGCGGCAUACCGCCGUCAAACCACGUUCUGUAUUUCGAUGCCGCCCUUCGUGCCGGAAUGAUCAAGACCCAUCCUCAUCCAAACCAACGGCUACGCUUCGACCAUCAUCCCGAAGCCGUGAGUGAUUUCCGCCGCGAGUACGCCGGCGGCGGUGUUCAGAGCGAUUCGGACUCCUCCUCCGUUGUAGACAUGAACGGGCAGGACCUCAAACCCAGAGGCGGCGUCGGCGUUGGCGGCCUGGAUUUGGAUCUGAACUUUCCCCCACCAGAAUCCGCCUGAAUUUUUUUACCCACGCAAGAAAGAACGGCUGGGAUUUAUAUUGAAGUAGUUCCCUUUUUUGUUUCAAAAUAUGUGUUUUAACGACAAUAACUUAAAUACAAAAUGUUAGAAGUGGAGAAGGAAGAUGAUACGAUUGUGAAUACAAAUCCGUCCGAUCUCCUCAUUUUUGCAGCACAGAGUAAAUGAAAACCCAUAUAUGGAGUUUCUCAUCCUUCUCAUGCUGUUCUCCGGCGAGGGAUCUUUUUGCAAUAUUAUUUGUGUAUUUAAUUUCCCUUCAAA